AUGCAUAUAACAGUCAGACUAGCAGCGAUACGCUUCGGCUCUCCAGUCCUCAUCAGCUCUCUGUGCAGCAGCAGGCUCCAAGGCAGCCGCAGACUCUUCACGAUGGCCGAGCACUCCUCUGAAAAAGUGGUAUUCAACAAGCCAAAGGUUGAGUUGCAUGUGCAUCUCGAUGGCGCCAUCAGGGUGCAGACUAUUCUCGAUGUUGCCAAGAGACGCGGCAUGUCUCUGCCAGCAAACACCGUGGAGAGGAUGACAGAGAUUAUCAUCGUCCAAAAGCCUGCCACCCUCACCGAGUUCCUGGGGAAGUUUGCCGAGUACAUGCACGUGAUUGCCGGAGACAGAGAGGCCAUAAAGAGGAUAGCUUAUGAGUUUGUUGAGGACAAAGCAAAGGAAGGAGUGAUUUACGUGGAGGUCAGAUACAGCCCGCAUUUUCUGGCUAACACUAAAGUGGAUCCCAUCCCCUGGAACCAGACAGAAGGCGACCUGAGCCCGGACGAUGUGGUGCAUCUGGUUAACACGGGCCUCAGUGAGGGGGAGAGGGCCUUCAAUAUCAAAGCCAGGUCCAUUCUAUGCUGCAUGCGCCACAUGCCAAGCUGGUCUAUGGACGUGGUGGAGCUGUGUAAGAAAUAUCGCAACGAGGGAGUGGUGGCUAUUGACCUGGCAGGUGAUGAGUCACUCAACUGUGAAAACUAUCCAGGACACAGAAAAGCCUAUGAGGAAGCAGUGAAUUGCGGGAUCCACAGAACGGUGCAUGCAGGAGAGGUGGGCCCAGCAUCCGUGGUGAAGGAGGCUGUAGAAGUGUUGAAAGCUGAACGGAUUGGACACGGUUACAGAACCCUGGAGGACCAAACCCUGUACAAACAACUGCUGGCUCAAAAAAUGCACUUUGAGGUGUGUCCCAUUUCCAGUAAGCUGACAGGCGCCUGCGACCCAGACUUCACCAAACACCCCGUCAUCACGUUCAGGAAGGACAAAGCCAACUACUCCCUGAACACAGAUGACCCUUUGAUCUUUAACUCAAGCCUGCACCUCGACUACAGCACCGCCCAGAAAUACAUGGGAUUCACCGAGGAGGAAUUCAAAAGACUGAACAUCAGCUCAGCAGAGUCGUGCUUCUUGCCUGCGGAUGAGAAGGAAGAGCUCCUCAACAGACUGCGUGAGGCCUACGGGAUGAUGGAGAACACUGCCUUCUAAACAUAAUCACUGACAAGGAAGUCUAAAUGUGACCUAACCCAGGGACAAAUCGCUCUGAACCCUUAAUCUCCCCACCUGACACAAUGCAAUGUCUUUUUUUUUCCUCUUUGUAACCAGACAAAGCCUUUAGAAUAAAAUAUCAAAUAUAUUCUUUUUUUUUAUCAUAUAUGGCUGCUGCCUUCACCUCACAUACCUGUACAUCAUCAGCUCGAGGUCUUGUGUUUUAUCAGUUCCAUUGUCAGGAAAUACCUUUAAUAAUUUAGUUUACAGUGCAGCUACGGAGGAUAAUGUGGUGCUCUGCAAAAAAAAAAAAAAGAAAAUACGGGAAAUCGAUUGUUUUGUGUUUAUGAAGCACUUUUUUGUUAAAUGGAUUAUUUCAAAAACGUUGAAUCCAUUCUUCAUCUUGUGUUUAAGAGAAUCAGGGAAGCUUAAAAAUGCAAAAUUACUCAACACUCAUGAAGAAACAGUUUUAACCUUUUUUUUCUCAGACAUGAUUAUUUGCUGUUCAUCGCUGUCUCAACCAUUACAGUGUCAACUUUCACAAACAUCUGUGGUAGAUGGUGAAAGCGUGUGGUGAAGGAUAAAAUGAAGAACAUGCUCCCCGUCGUGGGAAUGUAUGGUUUACAGAGAAUAUCCAUUGUGUUGUUUUAAAGGUGAAGUAAAGGAGUUCAUGUGCUUUUUGCCCUUCACAUGUAAAAUGUAAAAUGGCAGGACAUGUCAGGUAAAAAAAACCAAAAAAAAACAGCUCAAUACCAAAAAGCCUAGUCUUACAUUUGGACACUAGGUGGCACACUUCUGUCACCUAGAUGGACAAACAACUUAAUGUGGUUUUACAUCUCACAAUUAACUCUCAAAUGAUUUUGAUGUAUAUAUAUAUUUUUUUUUCCAUUUCUCUAAAUGAAAAAGCACUUCCAUUUAUGACACUUCUAUAAAAACCUCUUUGACCAUAA